AUGUUCACCACUUCCCUCUCCACAUUUCUGCUGCUUCAGGCCACAUCGGUUUAUUCAGGUGUCCAGCCCCCCGUUUUUAUGCGCCAAAUAGGCAAAGAGUUUCCAGGAAAAGAGCACAUCGACGGAGCGUGCCACGACCCUCUGCACUUUGGCAAUGCACCAUGCGACAAGAGCUGGUCCAUUCGAUACCACAUGGAUGUGCCCACCGAAACGUGUCUAGCCUUCAACUUUACCGGAUGCGGACAAAAUUGGAACAACUUUGGCACGGCCCUCGCCUGCUACGAACAGUGUCUACCGUGUAGGUGAUGACCGUGUUUUGCCCGGAACACCGCCCCCGCGUUUCCAGUAGACCAUCAAAUUUGUCCGGCGGCGAGUAGGGGCCACAAAACGACUCUGGGCGAAGAGUUCUGUCGAGAAGACGGUGAGUGCGGACCGCGCAAGUACUGUAACAUUGGCGGACAAACGUUCGGACAGUGCUGUGAAGACGAUAUCCGAGGUGAGAGUGCUUCGUUGUGCGCCUUUAAAUUCGAAGCAGACACGGUAGCUCGUUUCAAGUUUAAAGGCGCACAACUUUGUGAUUUUCAGCCAAAAUCGAUUCGGACUACAAUCCGAAAUGCGCGCGUGGCCAGUCGGUUGUCGAGCACGAGGUGAACGGUGUCGCCACGAAAUUGAUCGGAAAGAAGUGCGCGCACAACUUUUGCCCGCACGGAUCUCGCUGCGUUCAGGGCCAUUUCUUCGCCGCGUGUUGUCUGUAA